UCUCACUCUUUCUGACGUGUGAAGACAGCAAUGACAUCACAACACCUCCCAGAACACCCCAUCUAAAAUUGCACCCAGGACAGUGUUUUGAGGGUCUACCAUGUGCCACACCCUGAACUGGGCAUGGAGGAUAGAAAGAUGAACAAGAAGGAACAGAAGGCCCAUGCCCUUGAGACGUCAUAGGCUGGCAGGGAACAGACUGGGGUCCUGUCCUCUUCCCUUGCCCACCAUAUCAUAGUUCCUACUCCACAAGGAUCCAGGAUGGAGACUGAAGCAGUCCUGCCAGCUUGUAGCUAGCUGGUGCAGGCAGGGAGGAUUGAGGUAACUAUAGGGACCCUACCCCCAACUCUCAGUCCCCUCCUCCCUCCCCACCCAUGACCCCUAGGCUUGCUGCCUGUGUGUUUGACUAAAGGGCAGGGAUUGCUGAACCUGCUGGAUUAGUCCAGUGAGUCAGAGGCGAUUCAGGUGGGCGGGCAGGUGGGCAGGAGGGCAGGCAGGCAAAGGGAGUGCCAGUGGCACUGGGACCAUGGCUCUGACUGUGUGUGUGCGGCGACUAACAGGGCUGCCGGGCACCCACGAUCGACAAGUGAAGCUCAGCUUCCGGGGCUUUACCCAGAAAACAAGAAAAAUUCGCUGUGGUCAAGAAGCAGAUAUUGGCGAGCUGUUCCAUUGGCCCCACUAUGGGGCUCCACUGGCUGGGGAGUGUCUGUCGGUGCAGGUAGUCAACUGUAGCCGCAUGUUCAGCCCCAGGUCUCUGGGGACCCUGGUGAUCUCCCUGCAGCAGCUACAGAAUGCUGGGCAUUUGGUGCUACGGGAAGCCCUGGUGGAUGAGAAUCUUCGAGUGUCCCAGAUCCAAGUGGAACUUGACCUGAAGUACCAGCCCCCAGAGGGCGCUACUGGAACCUGGGCAGAGGAGGACUUUGGGGCACUUGUCUCUGACAGUUCGGAACUGAUCAUCCCCAAUGUGGGCUUCCAGGAGCUGGAGCCUGGGGAGGCCCACCUGGAGCGUCGGGCAGUGGCUUUGGGCCGUAGGCUAGCUCGAGGCCUAGCCCAGCAGGAUGACGAGGACAACGAGCUGGAGCUGGAGCUGGAGCUGGAGGAUGAGCCUGAUGUGGAGCUUUCUGGGGUUGUGUUCAGCCCCCUCAAGAGCCGAGCCCGGGGCCUGGCCCGCGGGGAUCCCUUCCAGGUGUCCAGAGCACAAGACUUCCAGGUGGGCGUCACCGUGCUGGAGGCCCAGAAACUGAUGGGAGUCAACAUUAACCCGUACGUGGCUGUGCAGGUUGGGGAGCAGCGCCGAGUGACUGCCACACAACGUGGGACCAAUUGCCCCUUCUACAACGAGUACUUCUUGUUCGAAUUUCAUGAGACCCGGCUUCACCUCCAAGACUUGCUGCUGGAGAUCACGGCUUUCCAUUCGCAGACCCUCCCCUUUAUGGCCACUCGGAUAGGCACCUUCCGGAUGGACCUGGGCAUCAUCUUGGACCAGCCAGAUGGCCACUUCUACCAGAAAUGGGCUCCGCUGCAUGACCCCCAGGACACCCGCGCUGGGACCAAAGGCUUCGUCAAGGUCACCUUGUCCGUGAGAGCACGCGGGGACCUGCCCCCUUCACUGCCACCCCCGGGCCCAGGGUCCAGUUCGGACAUCGAGAAGAACCUGCUCCUGCCGCGCCGGGUGCCUGCAGAGAGGCCGUGGGCGCGGCUCCGCGUGCGCCUGUACCGCGCGGAGGGCCUUCCCGCGCUGCGCCUGGGGCUGCUGGGCAGCCUGGCCCGCGCCCUGCACGACCAGCGCGUCCUCAUGGAGCCCUACGUGCGGGUGUCUUUCCUGGGGCAGCAGGGCGAGACGUCGGUGUGCGGCGCGGCGCCGGCGCCCGAGUGGAACGAGCAGCUGAGCUUCGUGGAGCUCUUCCCGCCGCUGACGCGCGGCCUCCGUCUGCAGCUGCGGGACGACGCGCCCCUUGUCGAUGCGGCUCUCGCCACGCACGUGCUGGACCUGAGGCAGAUCUCCCACCCCGGCCGCGCGGCGGGGUUUAACCCCACCUUCGGCCCGGCCUGGGUGCCUCUCUAUGGCUCACCGCCCAGUGGGGGGCUCCGGGAUGGUCUUCAAAGUCUCAAUGAAGGCCUUGGCCAAGGCAUUUGGUUCCGUGGCCGCCUUCUGGUGGCUGUGUCCAUGGAGGUGUUAGAAGGGAGAGCUGAACCUGAGCCUCCUCAGCCCCAACAGGGGUCCAUGUUGUCACGGCUCACACGAAAGAAGAAGAAAGCCAGGCAGGGUCAGGCCCCACCUGGGGUUCCACAGCACGUGGCCGCCAGCCACAGCGCUGCCAGGCCUGAGAUUCCUAGUGCGAUGGAGGUGGAGGUGGAGGAGCUGCUGCCACUGCCAGAGAACGCCCUGGCGCCCUGUGAAGAUUUCCUGCUCUUUGGUGUGCUUUUCGAGGCCACCAUGAUUGAUCCUGCUGUGGCCUCCCAGCCCAUCAGCUUCGAGAUUUCCAUUGGUCAAGCGGGCCGCCAGGAGGAGCAAUUGGGCCGAGGGUCCAGGGCCAGGGAGGGAACUGAGGGCACACUGGUGGAGGCCCAGCCUCUGCUGAAGUCAGACUCCGGAGCCGGGCUGGAGGAGGAGGAGGAGCUGGGAACCCCUGCUCAGCGGCCUGAGCCCAUGGAUGGCAGCGGGCCAUACCUGUGCUUGCCCCUUCGUCACCGCAAGCCAUGCGUGCACGUGUGGAGCCGCUGGGAGGAUCACACAUGGCGCCUGCACAGCAGCAACUGUGUGCGCAAAGUGGCCGAGAGGCUGGACCAGGGGCUGCAGGAGGUUGAGACACUACAACGAAGGCCGGGGCCAGGUGCCUGCACACGGCUCAAGCAGGCACUGGAAGAGCUGGUGGCUGGGAGCAGACAGUUUUGCCACGGUGCUGAGCGCAGGACAAUGACUCGGCCCAACACCCUGGAUCGAUGCCGAGGGAAACUGCUCGUGCACAGCCUGAACCUGUUGGCAAAGCAAGGACUGCGGCUUCUCCGGGGCCUGAGACAGGGCAAUGUGCAAAAGAAGGUGGCAUUGGCCAAGAAGCUCAUGGCAAAACUGCGCUUCCUGGCUCAGGAGCCCCAGCUGCCCCUCCCUGACGUGAUCGUCUGUAUGCUCAGUGGGCGGCGCCGUGUGGCCUGGGCCCGGAUCCCUGCCCAGGAUGUGCUGUUCUCUGUGGUCGAGGAGGAACGGGGCCGGGACUGUGGAAAGAUCCAGAGUCUGCUGCUCACAGCUCCCGGGGCAGGCCCUGGGGAGGUCUGUGCCAAGCUGGAGCUCUUCCUGUGGCUGGGGCUGGGCAAACAAGUCAAGGCCUGCACCUUCGAGCUGCCCCCGGACCUGCUGCCCGAGCCCUCAGCUGGGCUGCCCCACAGCUUGUGCCGGGAUGACUUUAGGUACUUCCAGCUUCGGGCUCACUUGUACCAGGCCCGAGGUGUGUUGGCAGCAGAUGACAGUGGCCUCUCAGACCCCUUUGCUCGAGUCCUCAUCUCUACACAGUGCCAGACCACACGGGUCCUGGAGCAGACGCUGAGCCCCCUGUGGGACGAACUCUUGGUGUUUGACCAGUUGAUCAUAGAUGGCAGGAGGGAGCAUCUGCAGGAGGAGCCGCCUUUAGUGGUCAUCAAUGUUUUUGACCACAAUAAGAUUGGUCCCCCUGUGUUCCUGGGCAGGGCACUGGCCGCCCCGAGGGUAAAGCUGGUGGAGGACCCAUACCUAUGCCCUGAGCUGCAGUUCUUCCCCCUGAGGAAGGGACCUCGGGCAGCUGGAGAGCUCAUUGCCACCUUUGAACUCAUUGAACUGGACUACAGUGGCCGAUUUGAGCCCUCAGUGCCCAAUGAUGUGGAGCCCCAGGAUCUGGCACCCCUGGUGGAGCCCCUCUCUGGACGCCUGUCCCUGCCACCCAACGUGCGCCCAGUGCUCAGGGAGUUCCAUGUUGAGGUGCUGUUCUGGGGUCUGAGGGGCCUUGGUCGUGUGCACCUGUUUGAGGUGGAGCAGCCCCAGGUUGUGCUGGAGGUGGCCGGGCGACGUGUGGAGUCUGAGAUCCUGGCCAGUUAUCAUGAGAGUCCCAAUUUCACUGAGCUCGUCAGGCAUCUGACAGUGGACCUGCCGGAGCAGCCUUACCUGCAGCCCCCACUCAGCAUCCUGGUGAUUGAGCGCCGGGCCUUUGGCCGCACUGUCCUUGUGGGUUCACACAUUGUCCCCCACAUGAUGCGAUUCACUUUCCGGGGUCAUGAGGAUCCUCCUGAGGACGAAGGAGAGGAGGAGGAGACAGGGGACCUGGUGCCCAAGAGACCUCAAGGAAAGAAGUCCCUGGAUCCCUUCUCAGCUGAAACGGGGAUCUCCAGACAGCUCCUGAAGGCUCCUCUGAAGAAGCUCCCCCUAGGAGGCCUCCUGCUUCAAGGCCCUGAGCUGGAGGAGGACAUCCCAGAUCCUGAAGAACUCGACUGGUGGUCCAAGUACUACGCAUCGCUGCAGGAGCUCCAGGGGCAGCCCAACUUUGAUGAGGAUGAAAUGGACGAUCCUGGAGAUUCAGAUUGUGUCAACCUUGUUUCUGCGGAUGGGGAGGCCCAAGACCAGGGUGAGGCUAAAGUUGAAGGUUCUGUGUCCCGGAAAAAAGCACUUGCCACCCUGAAGAUCUACAACAGCUCCCUGGAGGAAGAGUUUAACCACUUUGAAGAUUGGCUGAAAGUGUUUCCCCUAUACCGAGGGCUAGGGGGCCAAGAUGCAGAUGGAGAGGAAGAAGGUUCUGGACACCCAGUGGGCAAGUUCAAGGGCUCCUUCCUCAUUUACCCCGAAUCAGACGCAAUGUCGUCCUCUGAGCCCCAGAUCUCUCGGGGGAUCCCAGAGAACCGGCCCAUCAAGCUCCUGGUCAGAGUCUAUGUUGUCAAGGCUACCAACCUGGCUCCAGCAGACCCCAAUGGCAAAGCAGACCCCUAUGUGGUGGUGAGCGCUGGCCGAGAGCGGCAGGACUCCAAGGAGCGCUACAUCCCCAAGCAGCUGAACCCCAUCUUUGGAGAGGUCCUGGAGCUAAGCAUCUCUCUCCCUGCUGAGCCGGAGCUGACCAUUGCUGUAUUUGAUCAUGACCUCCUGGGUUCUGACGACCUCAUUGGAGAGACCCACAUUGACUUAGAAAACCGAUUCUACAGCCACCACAGAGCAAACUGUGGGCUGGCCGCCCAGUAUGAUGUGGAUGGGUACAAUGCCUGGCGUGAUGCAUUCCGGCCUUCGCAGAUCCUGGCAGGUCUGUGCCAACGCCGUGGCCUCCCUGCCCCUGAAUACCGAGCCGAGGCUGUCAAGGUGGGCAGCAAAGUCUUUCCGACACCGCCUGAGACCCUGCCUCCAGGUAGGGGGGCCUCCAAAGGGGCAGGUGGGGCCCCUGAGGAGGCACAGGCAUUGCUUGUGCUGCGGCGCUGGCAGGAGAUGCCAGAUUUUGGGAUCCAGCUGGUACCUGAGCAUGUAGAAACACGGCCCCUCUACCAUCCCCGCAGCCCGGGGCUGCUGCAGGGAUCCCUUCACAUGUGGAUUGACAUCUUUCCCAGAGAUGUGCCUGCCCCACCUCCAGUUGACAUCAAGCCUCGGCAGCCAAUCAGCUAUGAGCUCAGAGUCAUCAUCUGGAACACGGAAGAUGUGGUACUGGAUGACGUGAACCCGCUCACUGGAGAGAUGUCGAGUGACAUCUAUGUGAAGAGCUGGGUGAAGGGGCUGGAGCAUGACAAGCAGGAGACAGACGUUCACUUCAACUCCCUGACUGGGGAGGGGAACUUCAAUUGGCGCUUUGUGUUCCGCUUUGACUACCUCCCCACGGAGCGGGAGGUGAGUGUCCGGCGCCGGCCUGGACCCUUUGCCCUGGAGGAGACCGAGUUCCGGCAGCCAGCCGUGCUGGUCCUGCAGGUCUGGGACUAUGAUCGCAUCUCCGCCAAUGACUUCCUCGGAUCCCUGGAGUUGCAGCUGCCAGACAUGGUGCGGGGGGCCCGGGUCCCUGAGCUCUGCUCUGUCCGGCUGGCCCGUGAUGGGGCUGUGCCCAGGUGCAAUCUGUUUCGCUGCCGCCGCUUGAGGGGCUGGUGGCCCAUGGUGAAGCUGCAGGAGGCGGAGGAUGUGGAGCGGGAGGCGCAGGAGGCCCAGGCUGGCAAGAAGAGACGGAAGCAGAGGAGGAAGGGCAGGCCAGAAGACCUGGAGUUCAGAGACACAGGCGGCAAUGUGUAUAUCCUCACGGGAAAGGUGGAGGCAGAGUUUGAGCUGCUGACUGUGGAGGAGGCUGAGAAACGGCCGGUGGGGAAGGGGCGGAAGGAGCCAGAGCCCCUGGAGAAGCCUAACCGCCCCAAAACCUCCUUCAACUGGUUCGUGAACCCGCUGAAGACCUUCGUCUUCUUCAUCUGGCGCCGCUACUGGCGCAUCCUGGUGCUGCUGCUGCUGUUGGCGCUGAUCACUGUCUUCCUCCUCCUCGUCUUCUACACCAUCCCCGGCCAGAUCAGCCAGGUCAUCUUCCGCCCCCUCCACAAGUGACUCAGCUUGAACACCCACGCCAUGGUGCCAGCCCAACUCCCACUCCUCCUUGCCAGUGAGCUUUCUUUGAAUAAACCUCAUCACACAGGCACUGA